AUGUGUGAGGCUACACCCCUGUUCCCCACACCUCGAGAGGGACACCCCGUCGCCGGAGAAGCAGCAAGAAGAAGAUGGCCGGAAGGAAAGGGCGGCGAGAGGAAGAAGGCGGUGACCCGCUCUGUGAAGGCCGGGCUCCAGUUCCCCGUGGGCCGCAUCGGGCGCUACCUCAAGAAGGGCCGCUACGCCCAGCGCGUCGGCUCCGGCGCCCCCGUCUACCUCGCCGCCGUCCUCGAGUACCUCGCCGCCGAGGUCCUGGAGCUGGCCGGCAACGCGGCCAAGGACAACAAGAAGACGCGCAUCAUCCCGCGCCACCUGCUGCUCGCCGUCCGCAACGACCAGGAGCUCGGCAGGCUGCUCGCCGGCGUCACCAUCGCCCACGGCGGCGUCAUCCCCAACAUCAACUCCGUGCUGCUCCCCAAGAAGUCCCCCGCCGCCGCCGAGAAGGAGUCCACCAAGUCGCCCAAGAAGAAGACCGCCGCCAAGUCCCCCAAGAAGAAGACCGCAGCCAACAAGGAGGUACUCAAUUUCAGCCACUCGUCUUAUGUUCCUAUCAAGCCGCAGGAAACUGAAUCUCUGCUAUAUGACGGUGGCGCUAAAUUAGACAAGGAAAAGUUGGAAGACCACAAACCUGAGGAACAUUUGGCUGCUAUGCAAACAAAAACUAAGCUAACUAGCCAGAUGAGAACACAAACUUUCCGCAUCCUCAGCGACAAACAAAAGUCCAACACAACGCGCAUCUUGGGCAUUCUGGUAACAACACAAGGGUAA